AUGACAAUGUCAUGAUGACAACUAUUCAAAUUGUGCAGAUACAAAUCUGGCCACAUUUGACAUUAUUAGAUGUAUGUAUCCUGCUUAACAAGUCUAUAAACUCGUUUUAACUGGAAAAAAGGGAUACAAGGAUUCACUCACAUUCCUUUUUCCAAAUAUGGGAACCAUAGGACUGUCACUACAACCCACACCUCCGCCUUGGGUUAAAACCAACCUAUAAUUUCAGGAAUACCUCCUUUGCAGGCACCGUCAGGAUCAGUGAAGAGAUCUUUGCUUUGCAGGAGGUGUUGCAGCUUGCUCUCCAGAAAAUCACUAUGUCUGUGAAGAACCACUACAUGUCCCUUCCUAAAGGGACAUACUGCCAAGUGACAUACGUAUGGAUUAGUGAAGACAAGGAAAGUCUACGGAGUAAAACCAAGACUCUAUGUAAAGAGCCAGCUGGAAUUAAAGAUAUCCCUGAAUGGUUUGCUGUGUCCACAAAUAUAACUGAACUCACUUUGGUUCCGGUGAAAAUGUUCCGAGAUCCCUUCUCUCUUGAUCCAAAUAAACUGGUUUUGUGUGAAGUGUUGGACUACAAACAAGUUCCAGCAGAGACUACCCUGCGGUCAAAGUGUGUUGAAGUGAUGGAAAAGGUGGAGAAAUUUGAACCGUGGUUUGGAAUGGAGCAGGAGUAUUUCCUUUUAGAUUUGGAUCGAAAACCGUACGAUUGGCCACCAGGAUGCCGAUUUUAUACAGGGUCAUGUUGUGUGGGCAGUGAGAUUAUCCAUGGAAGAGAUGUCGCUACCUGUCACAAUUUAGCCUGCCUGUAUGCUGGGAUUAAGAUCUGCGGUUACAACCCUGAGGCCAUCACAUCCCAGUGGGAGUUCCAGAUUGGCCCUUGUCUGGGCAUUGAAAUGGGGGACCAUCUGUGGAUGGCUCGUUAUAUUCUCCAUCGUGUCUGUGAAGAGUUUAAGGUUAUUGCCACCCUGGACGUACAACCUGUCAGUGGACACCUUUGUCCCUCAGGCGGCCACGUCAACUUCAGCACUAAGGAAAUGAGGAGUGAAGGCGGACUUCAGUACAUCGAGGAAGCAAUAAAAAAACUGAGUCGUCGUCAUUCUCACCACCUCAGCGUCUACGACCCACAUGGUGGAGCCGACAACAUACGUCGCCUCAAUAGUCAAACAAUUACCUCCAGUUUCAAGGAAUUCUCUUCAGCUGUAGCUGCGCGUGACGUCAGUGUUCGCAUCCCCGGACAAGUCUUCCGCAGUGGACACGGUUAUUUUGAGGACAGACGUCCUGCCGCAAACUGUGACCCAUACAGCGUGAUGAUAGCUAUGAUUGAAACCUGUCUGCUGGGAGCAGCUGAUGAUGACAUGGAAAAAAACACCAAUGAGUCUUGAAAGAGAAUUUUAAAAAAUUGCAAAUUCAAGAAAUCACAAUAUUAAUGUUAUUGUUUGUGGUACCUUGAACAUUGAAAUAAAUCCAGUUUGAUCAAGUU